AUGCAUCUUCCAGGCCAGAACGCAACGUUUCUUCAUCAAAAUGUUUCCCAAGGUAAUUCCAAACAAAAAGGAGGGUCAACAUCUCCUAGUUACAAGCGAAAAUUGAAUGUACCCCGAAGCCGCGAACAGAGAGAGUUUCUCGCGAAACAGAAACGAGCGCUCGAGCAGCGCAAACUCGAGGUUGCUCGCCAACAAAGAGAGCGAGUGAAGCUCGCUUUAGCAGGGCAAAAAGCGAAGGAAGCAGAUCAGGAAUAUAAGCGGCGGUGUCGGAAUGAGCGCAUACGAGCUGAAGAGCAGCAGGUGAUCGAACUCCGGGUUGAAAAACAGCGCCAACUUCGCGAGGCAGCAACAAAGCAGCACUACGAACGUUUGAUGGCCGAAAAGAAACGACAGCACGAAGCACUGAACUUGGUUACACUAAUGGAGGAGGAAGAGAGAAACUUGCGACUACGUCUUGAAGCACUUCACUUCCAUCGUGAGUACAUGGAGCAGGAGCUGUGCGGUGGUGUGCCUCCAUUGGGCCACCAAGCGCCUGAUCGAUGA